AUGAGCUCCCGUGAAGGCCGUCCGGCCAAAGUACUGAGCUGUUCAAACUGUCGCACACGCAAAAUCAAAUGCGACAAGAUACAACCGUUAUGCGGCCAAUGUUCUCGCUUUGGCCUCGACUGUGUCUUUCCCUCAAGAAAACCAACAAGACGUGCUCCAAGACCUCGCCAGAGUGAAUUACUUGACAGGAUCAGUCGUCUUGAGAGCAUCGUCAACCAGGCUGACCCCGCCAAACUGAAGCAAUUGGAUGAGGGGGACAUCCAGAGUCUCCAAGGCUCAACCUCACUUUCGGCAACGCUGGAUAACCGCUGUGAUGAGUCCCAAGCAGUAGCAGCGCAGGCUGCUAAUUUAGAGACUGGCGAACAGUAUCUCGGUUCUGGUUUUUGGGGAAAUUUAUGUGCUGAGGUUGAGGGAAUUCGACAAGCGUUGAAUCAACCUUCUGAAGACAGUGAUGAGGAAGAAGAGGGCGAAAGCCCAGAGUCAGUAGAUAUGGCAUCUACGGGUCCUUCGGGCUUCUUACUUGGAAACUCUGAUUACACAUCGAGGCAACCGCUAAUACACCCUCCACCGAAUAUGAUGAUACGGCUCUGGACGAUUUACACCCGCAACGUCGAUCCUCUCAUGAAGAUUCUGCAUCGACCAACCAUCAGCAAACAUUUCCAAGCUUACAUUGAGUCACCGACUACACACACAUUCACCGCCGAGAUCAACGCUGUCUUAUUCGCCAUCUACUUCUGUGCAGCUGUUUGUUUGACACCAGAAUCGUGUUUGAAGCAAUUGGGUGAAAACAAAGAAAUUCUCACAAGGCGAUACCGUGUUGCGGUGGAGCGGGCACUCGCCGAAGCGGACUAUCUCAGCACAACCAAGAUCGAGCCUCUGCAAGCCCUGACGCUCUACACAAGCAUGAUGCGUGUUCACUUACACGACCGGACAUCUUGGGUUCUUACAUCACUUGUAAUCCGAAUUGCCCAAGGACUUAACCUUCAUCGAGAUGGUGACGGCCACCGCUUCACACCGUUUGUCGCCGAGAUGAGGCGCCGUUUAUGGCAUUUCAUCGUUGUUCUCGACAUCCGCGGGUCAGAAGACCGCGGUUCUGAUGCAACACUUACCCGGUCAGGCUUUGAUACAGCAGAGCCCACCCCCAUUGAUGAUGAUGAUUUUGGACCUGAUUCUAUAGGUCCCUUGAUACCCAAAACAACGCCUGCCGAGAACGUUGUAUGUUUAUGUACUGCUAUGUGCUCAGGCAUCUUCGGCUUCAUAUCGCACCCGCAUUACAGCCCUCGAGGCGAACCAGAACAUUUCUUAUAUACCGAAGAGGAGCUUAUUUCUCAUAUACGUCAACUGGAAACUAGCUUCAUCCACACUGCCAAACCCUCACAUCUCCCCUCUAUUUACGCCUCUGAAAUUGCUCGCAUCGUCAUUCUAAAGCUUUGGCUCAAUAUUCAAUAUCCUUUCACCGGUGGACCAGCUCCCGACCGACCUCGCGUAUCAAAAGAGACCAUGUUGCGUACUGCGAUCUCGAUUAUUGAGCUGCGAGAGCGUAUGACAAAGAACCAGUGGGAAGAUCGGUUUGCCUGGUGGACAGACACUUAUGUGCAAUGGCAUCCUCUCGCGGUUGCAUUAGCAGAACUCUGCGUGCAGACAGAGGGAGAGUUGGUAGACAAGGCCUGGGUGGUCGUGGAGAGAACAUUUCCAUCGUCGCGAGAGCACAUUGCAGACACAGCGAAAGGUUCACUUUGGCGACCUAUCAAAAAGCUGCUCAAGAAAGCGAGGGCGGCGAGAACCGAAGCGCUUCUCAAACGUAUGGAUUUCAACUCCAGCAUGAACCUGGACCCUGCAACAGCUUUCAUACCCCCAGCUAUGAAUAAUAUGGCUCAACCAUUGCAGUAUGGUACAAACCAACAGAUGAAUAUUCCUUCAUCUGGGCCAGGCUUGGCAUCACAGUACGACACGAGCAGUAUGGAUCCUUCGAUACUGUUCGAUCCACCAGAGACUUUGAAUCUCGACUUUGGUAUGGGCUUGGAGCAAGGCGUGCCUAUGGAAUGGACAUAUUGGACAGAGUUUUUCAACGAUACACAGAUAGAAACAUCUCCAGGGAGCGGGACAGGUGAGUCAACAUGA